AUGUCGGACACCAGUGCUCUCUCGGAAUACGCUCAAAAGGUCCUCCUCAUCACCUUUCAGCUCGGGCUCGUCGUCUUGCGACCCAUCGCCUUGGUCGUCGAGGCAGCGUCGGUCCCGCUCUCUCCGGAUUUUUACCCUUUUCCUCUGGCGACUACCCUCCAUGCUUUGAGGGUAUCGCACGCUUACAAGGGCAGGGUCAAAGCUCUGGGGCAUGAAGGAGCUAUGAAGGCGAGGGGGUUGGGAGUGGAGUUGGCCGGGUAUCUCGCCAUGGCCUGGGGAGGAAGUCUUGUAAACGCACUUCUCAUGGGAACGCCCCCACCUCAACUCCUGACCGCAUGGCCCCUUAUCAACUACAUCUCGGUCUACGCCGUCAUCAACUCUCCCUUCAUCUCGCCUUACCACCCCACCUCGGAGACUCUCGACACGGUCGUCCCCCUCAUUGACGGUCUCACCCGAGCCUUCCCCAUCUCUGGCGCCGUCCUCGCCUGUAGCACCCACUCGAACCCGGCCAUCAGGAACUCGUUGAUGUACCAGAUCAUUCUCGGUGGGAUCUCGGCGAGCGGAGGUGGCAUGGUCGCCAGUACCCUAAACGUCUUUUCACCCGAGUGGAGGCUCUCGACGCCCCCGAUCCUCUCUUCCGGGUUCUUGGGAUCGUUGGACUUUGUCGCUGCGGCGGUCUCUUCCGUCAUCUUUGGCCUGCUCACCUCUUCUCACCCGGUCUAUGUCGGGGCUACCAACUACCUAUCUACCCUCCCCUACCUCUCCCCCGCCUCGAACAAAGCUGCCGCAUCUUCCGGCGCUGCGGGCCCACUGAUGACAGUUCUCGGAGCUCGCUCCGUCGUCGUCCUCUUCCUCUCGAUCGUCUACGCCACCAAGGCCUAUGUCUUGCAUGGAUCACCCAGCGUCGCCAGGGUCCAGGCGAGGAGGGCGAAGAAGGCUGCCGAGGCCGAAGCGAAAGCCAACGCGGGCGAGUCGGAGAAGCAGGGCGUCAAGGUCGAUGUCAAGGUCAAGGAGAGCAAGAAGGCGAUUUGA